AUGCCCUCCCCUGCCCGCCCUCGUCAUGUGGCGUUCUCCCACAAGCAGAAGAAGCUUCAGCUUCAGACAAAGCGCGCUAUAAAGCGCGGGGAACAAGUCGAGACUCUCGACCAUGGUAGCAAUGGGCGAAUUCGCCUGGACCGUUCCCAUCGCGCGCGCUCCGAGGCCCACGACGGCGUCGAGCUAUUCAGCCGUUUCAUUGCCGUACCUCGCGACUAUGUCGUCCGCACACGCGACGCGGCAUGGAAUGAUGAGAUCCCCAGGCCAAUUCCAGACUCGGUCGCCUCUUUUCCGCUCGAGCUGGUUGAUAACCCAGCAGCCGCAGGGUUGUCCAUCCCCAGCCGCCCCGCGUUCACUCCCGGCCAAACGAAGCGAGAGGUUGAACAGAAUGAAGAAGCAGUCUUCCAAUCAUGGCUCGAAAAUGCGCGUGAAACUGUCGAAGCUUGGGUUGAUAACGACGGGCUCGACGCGUCAGAGGAUUUCCUACCUCUGCGCAGUCCAAGCUCGUUCGAAACGAACCUUGAAGUCUGGCGCCAGCUGUGGCGUGUGGUGGAAGUCUCCUCCAUUAUCCUUCUCCUGGUCGAUGCCCGUUGCCCAGCCGUUCACUGCCCACCAUCUUUGCGGACCUACCUGCGACUGCUGCGGCCCCGUCGUGAGAUCAUUUUAGUCCUUACCAAGAUUGACCUCGUCGAUCCUGCGGCUCUUGAUGCGUGGCGUAUUUGGCUCAAGCAGUGGUGGAUGUCGGGACCUCCUCAAGGCGACGGCGAACUCGAGCCUCAGGUCGUGUCCGUGUCCUCGUACGACACCGCCCUGCUGCACGGGCAAGGCAAAGCCCGCCAUCGCCCCUACAUCCCAGACACCGCUCGCGCCGCCCUUCUCGACGCGCUGCAGAUCGCUCAUGCCCGGCUGUUGUCUCCUCCCUCAUGGAUCGCCGCGGAUCCGCAAGCAGCGGCUUCGUGGAAGCCACCAGUGCGCGAAAGUGUGCAUUGGGACGAGCUGGAAUCUGCCUCUGCUUGCAUCGAGGACGAUGAGGGGCACAGCGAUGGAGUCAAGUACGAGCAACCGCACGCUGGAUCACCUGAGCACGACCCCGAUGCGCACCCUCUCACAUUCGGCCUCAUCGGCCAGCCUAACGUGGGCAAGUCGUCUCUUCUCAACGCGCUUCUGGGCGAGACACGAGUCCGCGCAUCAAGAACUCCGGGCAAGACCAAGCACUGGCAGACUAUGCUCUGGGGCGAGCGCCGCGAAGUGCGCAUUGUCGAUUGCCCUGGUCUCGUCUGCCCGAGCCUGGUCCCAAUGGAGCUCCAAGCUAUGAGCGGAGCCAAGUACCUCCCAUUGGAACGCAUCUUCAACGUUCCUGCACCCGAGAUCAUCAUCGAUGAUAUCGAGUCCAAGAAGACGUGGCGUGGGGGUUCCCGCCCAACUGUCGCUUCGAAGCCGAAGGGCCCCAGAUGGACCGCAGGUGACAUCAUGGACGGGCGAGCGACAGAGCGAGGCUUCAUGACAGCCAAGUCGGCACGUCCUGACGCCAAUCGCGCGGCCGACGGCAUGAUGCGAGCACUUGCCGAAGGGCGAGUCCGCUGGUGCUUUUGGCCUCCCAACUCGAGUCCGCACCGCGACGGCGACGGAUUGUGGUUGGGUCGAAGCCACGGCAGCGGGAGCGAAUGCUUCACGGACCUUGACAGUGAAACGGGGGCCUCGCCACAGAGGGGCCUCACAAUGCCGCUGGCCGCUACGAAGGCAGCGCUGCCCCGUACACCGGCCGAGGACACGGACGAGAGCAGCGAUAGUGACACUGCAUUCACCGAGGCUAACAGCGCGAGCUUUUUCGCAGCACUCAGCGUUGACAAUGCAAGUGAUAGCGAGGAAGAAUAA